AUGAAGAAAAGAUCGAGCCGAGCGAAGCAAGAGCUCCGAUCGAUGCCGUCCGUCGCCAAGAAGAAGCUUCGGUCGGAGCUCCCUCGCCGGAGACGAACUCGAAUUUCUCCGAUUUUACUGUUUCUUCGGACUAAUUUCGAUGCAGGUGUUAAGAAUUCUGGUUUCUCGGGCUUCUCUGUGGAUUCGAGCUCGUGCUCGUACUUCGGAGACGAAGUUUCGUGCGAAUCGAGCCGAAUUUCGGUCGGAUUGGAGAGGAAGCCGAGUAAGGCGGUUUUGAGGAAGCGGAAGUUCGGUGAAGCUGAGAGGAAGGAGGUUGAAGUAGAGGUUUCUGAAACUUCGUGCGUGGAGUCCAAUGGUACUGGUGCUGGCCAUGGAGUAUCCGGAGAAAGAAGCUCGAAGUUGAAGAAUAAGAGAAGAAAAGUAAGUGAAAUUUCGAAGGAAAUUGAAAGAAAGGAGGAUUCUAAAGAAGUUACGGCAUCGGAGAUUUCCUGCCUUCAACAAAUUUCUGUUUCUGGAAACGUUAACAAUUUAUCAGAUUCCAAGGAAAAUGAGGUGAUUUCGUGCAUUUCCGCGGCGGAAUCUUGCUUGGAAGCGAAAGUAGCAGAGAAGACGAAGGUUAACAAAGAUGUGGAAAGCAGAGCAAAAGAAUUGGAGUUUUGUGAAGUUUCGAGAAAUUUACUGGAUAAGGAAGUGUCUAUGAUUUCGAACUCGGAAUCGACGAUAGAACAGAGGCCGGAAUUCAGCAACGGAAUCGACUCCGACCUUGCUUGUACGGAGAAUUUCUCCUACGACUCGCACUCCGACUAUUCGUCUAACCACGGAACGGCGUUUUCCGAGCUCCAACGGGAGAAUUUCCUGAAAAAUUCGGACCUCGAUUUCUCCGAUUACACUCCGUCACUUUUCCUAGAUUCACGAAGCGACUUCUCCGAGCGAUCAGAAGGAGACUUAACUUCUUCGCCUACUUACACCUUGCUCCUUCAAUACAGAAACGAAUUCUGGCGAUCAACAUCUCCUCAGGAAACAGAAAAUGUCUCAAGUGUUGAAGAAGAGUACAUAGAUCAGUCCAGAUUUGUGAGAUUUGAAGAAGAGGCUGAUGAGGAGAGCUAUCAGAUGCUGAGGAACAGAGAGAAGAGAGUUGUGGUUUUGCGUGACUACGUCGAGGACUACUCAACCACGACGGAUUACGGCGAUCUCAACCUCCAGCAGCGGUUGCAUAUGGUCCAUUGGAUCGUACAGCACUGCAAGGAAACAAAUCUCCAUCAGGAGACAAUGUUCCUAGGAGUUAGCCUCCUUGAUCGAUUCCUAAGCAAAGGGUUCUUCAAAAGCGAAAGGGUCCUUCAAAUAGUCGGUAUAGCUUGUAUUGCAUUGGCCACCAGAAUAGAAGAAAAUCAGCCCUAUAACAGCGUUCAGAGAAAGAAUUUCAUUGUUGGAAACAAUACGUACAGCAGAUGCGAAGUGGUUGCCAUGGAAUGGCUUGUUCAGGAGGUCCUCAACUUCCAGUGUUUCCUGCCUACCAUCUCUAAUUUCUUAUGGUUCUACCUAAAAGCUGCUAAAGCUGAAGAAGAAGUGGAGAAGAGGGCGAAAUACUUGGCAGUGCUGCUGCUAUCGGACCAAGUGCAGAUGUACUACAUGCCCUCAACAGUGGCGGCUGCGGUAGUAAUCCUCGCUUCUUUAGAAAGCAGUGACGAAUCUUCCAUACAAAAUGUCAUAGAGACUCACAUCAGAACUAAAGGUGAUGACUUACACGAAUGCAUAGAGAGCCUCGAGUGGUUGUUAAAGUAUGUGUGA